UUUUCAUUUUCCUGUUAGAGAGCUUGACUCCCACUCACCAAGGAAAGAAAAAAAAAGACAUGAUUUUUAGCGGUUGCCAGCUAAUACAAACCCCAUAAAUCUACGCAUUUACUUACAUCUAAUUCUCAAUUAUCUAUAUACUAAUCUCAAUCUUAACCCAUAACACAAUUCCAUACAAAUCAAAAAUCAGAACUUGUCUCCUUAACACAGCACAGAAAAUUGGAAUUGAAUCUGUAUUUCAAAUGUGGAACCCUAAAAAGAACUGAAAUCUUUAGAAGGAGAUUUUUUUUUUUCUUUUCACAUUAAUCUUUCAAAUGUCUUCUUCUACUUUUAGUCCGUCGCGUAAUAGUCCUGGAAGUUCUAGGUUACAGCUCCACCAGCUAGGCGGCGUUGGUGGAGGUGUUGGAAGCGCGUCUAGGUUAAGAUCUUCGUCUCUUAAGAAACCUCCGGAGCCUCUUCGUCGUGCCAUCGCUGAUUGUCUCUCAUCUUCCUCCGCUAAUGCUGCGGCCGCUGGUUCGCAUCAUGGAAAUACCUCCACCGAAGCUUCUAGGACUCUCCGGGACUAUCUGGCUUCACCUGCAACAGUUGACUUAGCAUAUUCUGUAAUUUUAGAACACACAAUUGCUGAAAGGGAGCGCAGCCCAGCCGUUGUUAAAAGGUGUGUGGAUCUUUUGAAGCGGUUCCUUAUACGAUGUAAACCAAGUGAGGAGACAUUACUUCAGAUUGAUCGGUUUUGUGUGCACACAAUUGCUGAAUGUGAUAUUAGCCCAAAUAGACAACUAUCACCAUGUUCACGAUCUUUGGUACAACAAUCUGUUGCAUCGACAACUUCUACAAAUUCUUCACCUUCCUUGCCUGUGUCCAGUUUUGCCUCUAGUUCAGAUGUAAAGUCAUUAACUUAUGUGCGGUCUCUAGUCUCUAAAUAUGUUCCAAAGCGGUCAUUCCAACCAGCUGGAUUUGCUGGAGCUCCUUCUGUAUCAAGACAGUCACUUCCAUCUCUUUCAUCUUUAUUGAGUAGAUCCUUCAAUUCCCAAUUAAGCCCAGCAAACAGUGGAGAAUCUUUGGAGAAGAAAGAUGUUACAAUUUUACCUAUUUCAAACUUGACAAAUAUUGAAAAAGUUGACGCAAGAGAGGACCAGGAUUAUAUAGCAGUUGAUGUUUUGAAAUGGCGUUGGGUUGGGGAACAUCCAUUGUCAUAUCUCACAACUGAAAACGGUCGUGUUGUGGAUCUUCAAGAUGUGAGCACACGUAAUUUCCUAGAACUAGGUGCUGCAGCUCUACUUGUAGGGGACAUGGAAGCGAAAAUGAAGGGUCAACUCUGGAAGUAUUUUGGAACUGCUGACAUGCCUUAUCUUGAUCAACUGUUGCAGCCCUCAUCAUUUACAACAAUUACCAACUCGGCUACUGCUCGCCCUCAUUUAAGAGCAAUAACGGCAUCCAAACGCAGUAAAGCAGGACCUCGCCAAAUUUGGGAUGAUUCUCCUGCAAGCACAUUUCGUCCACGUGCUCGACCACUUUUCCAGUAUCGUCAUUACAGUGAACAACAACCCUUACGAUUGAAUCCUGCUGAGGUAUGCGAGGUAAUUGCUGCAGUAUGCUCAGAGACAUCUUCUCCGAGUGCUAAUAAUUUCACCGUAUCAUCUAGAUUAAGUAACAACAGUGGAAAGCCUUCAAUGGAUGUGGCUGUCAGUGUCCUUAUUAAGCUUGUUAUUGACAUGUAUGUAUUGGACUCUGAGACCGCUGCUCCUCUCACUCUGUCCAUGCUUGAGGAAAUGCUUAGUUCUCCAAAAGCAGCUUGCAGAAUUCGUGCUUUUGAUUUGAUUCUGAAUCUUGGGGUCCAUGGUCAGUUACUGGAACCAAUGAUGGUAGAUGAUACUUCCACAAUUGAAGAAGAGUAUCAACAAGAACCAUUUGCUGAUAUUGAAGAGCAACUUGCUACACAGGGGAAUGGAAAGGCAACCUCUAUUAACAAGUUGGGAACUUCAUCAGCUAUUGAUAGCAUUGAAUCUUGGAUUUUAAGCAUUUUAUAUGAAGUACUUCUAUUUCUUGUCCAGACAGAGGAGAAGGAAGAAUCUGUCUGGGCAUCUGCUUUCAGUUGUUUACUUUAUUUUGUUUGCGAUAGAGGUAAAAUAUUGAGGAAUCGAAUAGAAGGUCUUGACAUAAGGGUCAUCAAGACACUUAUUGAGAUUAGCAGGAAGAAUUCUUGGGCUGAAUUAGUUCAUAGCAAUCUAAUUUGCAUGUUAACGAACAUGUUUUAUCAAGUGUCUGAUGGGCCUACUCUAGAUGUACCAAGCACCCGAGUCUUUCUCAUAGACCAGGUUGAUCUGAUUGGAGGAAUCGACUUUAUUUUCUAUGAGUAUUCACUUGCUGCCUUGAGAGAAGACAGGAGAAAUCUAUUUUUGGUUCUCUUUGACUAUGUGUUGCAUCAAAUAAAUGAAUCAUGCAUAGCUGCUGGAGUUUCUGAAUAUGCUGAUGAUGAGAUUCAACCUUUAUCAGCCUUGCUUUCUCUUGCUGAUGCACCUGAAGCUUUUUAUAUUUCUGUUAAACUUGGGGUGGAAGGAAUCGGAGAGCUUUUGAGAAGAUCCAUAUCUGCCGCAUUGUCAAGAUAUUCCAAUAAUGAGCGACUAAAUAUGCUCUUGGAAAAUAUAACAGAGAAAUUGGAUGCAAUAAUUGGUUCUUUUACUCAUUUGGACAAAGAAUUCACCCAUCUGAUGCAGAUAACAAAAUCUUGCAAGUCCUUGGAAAGCAUUGCAAGUGCAGGCCUAAGAAAUAGUGGAAUUGUAAAAGCAAAGCUUGCAUGGAUCACUUUGCAUUCUCUUCUUCAUUCGGAAAGAAUUGCUUACCGCCAGAAUGGAUAUACCUGGUUAGGAGAUUUGCUUAUUGCAGAAAUUAGUGAUGGAAGGGAUGCAAAUAUACUGUCAAAUAUAAAAGGCUUGCAGCAUCAAAUUGCUUGUGCUGGUGUUCAUGAUACUUCAGCUGCAUCUGAUGUCCCUUUGUCCAUUUGGCUUAUGUGUGGACUUCUGAAAUCCAAACAUUACCUCAUCAGAUGGGGCUUCCUAUUUGUCCUAGAGAGGCUACUAAUGCGAUGCAAAUUUUUGCUGGAUGAGAAUGAAAUGCAACAAGUAAACGGCAGCAAUGUUGGUCAAGAACAUACAGAUCACCGACUUAGGAAAGCAAAUGCAGUUAUAGACAUCAUGAGCAGUGCUUUGUCCUUGGUAACUCAAAUAACUGAAACAGAUCGUAUCAACAUCUUGAAGAUGUGUGACAUACUGUUCUCUCAGCUGUGCCUUAAAGUUUUUCCGUCAACUAUGAUACAAUACAGGGAGAAUACCCAACAGAGCAAAGCUUAUGGUGGCAUAGAUGAAAAUAAAAAAUUUGAUGGUCCUGAGCGUACCUCUCAGCUAGAGAACAGUCUGCAUGAUGGAUUUCUAGAUGAAACUGAUGGUAGAUCCAGCCACAGCAUUAAUGCGUCCGAUACUCGUGGGACAGUGUCAAUGGCUGCAAUGCUUCUCCAAGGGCAGGCCAUUGUUCCUAUGCAAUUGGUUGCACGUGUUCCUGCUGCAUUAUUCUAUUGGCCAUUGAUUCAGCUAGCUGGUGCAGCAACAGAUGAUAUUGCACUUGGAGUUGCGGUUGGAAGCAAAGGACGAGGAAACCUUCCUGGUGCUGCAUCAGAUAUUAGGGCCACUCUUCUUUUGCUUCUAGUUGGUAAAUGCACGGCAGAUCCUUCUGCUUUUCAAGAAGUUGGAGGAGAAGAAUUUUUUAGAGAACUUUUAGAUGAUACUGAUUCAAGGGUUGCAUAUUACUCUUCAGCGUUUCUUUUGAAGAGAAUGAUGACAGAAAAGCCUGAUGAGUACCAGCACAUGCUUCAGAAUCUUGUCUUCAAAGCACAGCAGAGCAAUAAUGAAAAGCUAUUGGAAAAUCCAUACCUUCAGAUGCGCGGAAUACUUCAGCUAUCAAAUGAUGGGCUAUAGUUUAGUGACCAAUGUGGAAAUGUGUUGCUCCUCAUCUUGGAGACAGUGUGUUGAUAUUCUAUGCUCUUGACACUUAUGACCUUUUGCCUGGCAACAUCUAACCAAGUUCUGAAGACCCCCAGCUGGAUUAUAUUUUUUUUUCUAGGCAAGCAUAGAGCAGGUAUUCUGAUCCAUGGAAGUACUUCAUCCAAUAAAAUUUAUUUAAGCAGAGUAUGGGCUCCCAGAUCAUCUCCUCUGAUAGAAAGAGAAAAAGGUGAUUAUACUAGUUCAAGUUGGAAAUUGAAUCAUUCUGGGAAACCAUAGUGCUUUAUAUCUUUGCUCCAUGAUGAGCUGUCUAUUCAAUUGUUUUGCCUUGACUGCUUGGCAAAUGACGAGCUUGAUGGUGCCCAUGUCAUGUACGUAUUUAACCAUUAAUUCAACCACUGGAGGUUUCUUCAUAUCAGUAAAAUUAGGCAUUAAUCCUGAAGGUUUGAAAUCUGGAGAAGGGUCACUUAAGCCAGAGUACAAUAUAUUCAGGAAACUUUUUGGAGUUACGGUAUUGAUUGGUUUGGCCAUCCUUCAUUUCUGCCUCAAUUUUUGCAGGUUCUGGGAUUCAACAUAGCUUCAGUAACUGUUGUGAUUUAUAUCUAAAGAGAUUUCUGGGGGAGAUGGCAAGAGAAUCCUUCUUUUUGUUUGUACAGAAUCAUGAUUCCUCUUGGCCUUUCAAUUUUUAACAUUCUGGAAAAUGACAUUAAUGCUGGCUUCCUUUUUAAACAGCCACCAUCACACAAUAAACCUGUGAAUUCUUUUUAAUUCACCAAGGUUUAUCAACUAUUGUGACAAAAACACACCUAGAAUUUUGUAUGUUUAGUCAGUAGGAAUGGUGCUAGAAGCUGGCUUUUGGUUAGCAAGGCUCUCCAAUUCUGGUUUUAGGGGAAUUGUGCAGAUGUCUAUAACUAAAGACAUCUUCAGAGUGCAGUUUAUAUGUUCUUUUGGAAUGUAUUCAUUAUUUAUUUAGACAUUGUAAAUAUGUAAUUUCUUGUAGCAAGUGCAAAUUUUGUAUAAUGUGUUGAGAUUUUAUUGUUUUUGACUUUUGAAUCUCUGAGCUGAUUUUGAAUAAAUAGAAAGUUUUGGUUCUCA